GGACAGCUAAUUCAAACAUUUUUGUGGCUCUUUUGGUGUAAAGUUGUCUUUCUUUAACUGUUUUAUUUUCUAUUACAAAUGUGGCAAAACCCCAGUGGUGCUACCAGCCUGUUGGGCAUUUUGGCUGUCAACGAGAAGUCCGAGGUCUGUUGUUACAGGUGCGGGGCUACACCUGGCACCCCAGUGGCGAGGGCCUUAGUGACCUGCCCUGUUGGGCAUGUGUGGCAAAGUGCUGCAGCAGGACCACAGCCCCGCCCACCCUGGAUCUGAGACACGUGACCAGCUCUCCGCCUGGCUCGUGGCAGUGGGAGCGCAGCGGGUCCGUACAGCGCAUCACCAAAAUCCUCCUCCUCAUUAUCAUCAUCAGAGGAUUAUCUUCACGCAACUUUCACUGCUUGUUGACAUUACAGAUUCUGCUGUUUCUAACAUGAGGAAAAAUGGUUGCUUAACCCCACAAUUCAAGAAUGAAUAUUACUGAAAAUGUUAUUUGUUUUUUGAAGAUGCCUUAUUGUGUCUAAGUGUGCAUAAAUAGAUAUGCCCACUGUUGACACAACAGAGUAAUGACUGUAAAAAGGAAAUAGAAGUCAGAAGACCAAGCAAUGAGUGAUUUUUGCUGAUAUAUGUAGUGAAGCUUAAUGAUUUCUGGAGAAUGCUCGUUGUAAAAAGUAAGGGGUUGAUGGCUGAAUUGCCAGCAGAUCCAUUGUUGUUUCUACAAAGCAGCACUUAAAGAAAUCAGCUAGAAAUUGCUAUUAGGGGUCCAGCAUUGGUAUUUAAUCUGGAAGCAAUUGAGAACUGUAGAGACCAUUAGCUUCUGCAUCAUGGUGCUACCAGUGUGGCACAGUGCUUGCUUACUCUGGGUGGGACUGUUUGUCUGUACCAUGGUGGAUGCCAGCGCUAGCCUGAAAUUCUCCGGGGCUGAGGGUCAGUGGGUAGCUUUUCCAAUGUGGAACGCCUGCUGUGAUAGCGAAAUGAGCUUUAACAUGAAAACCAAGAGCUCGCAGGGGCUUUUGGUGUACUUUGACGAUGAAGGAUUCUGCGAUUUUCUUGAGCUGCUGAUGAACAGCGGAAAACUCAGCCUGCGCUUCUCCAUAUUCUGCGCCGAGCCUGUCACAGCCUUCUCGGAGGUGGAGGUCAACGAUGACCAGUGGCACACCAUCACUAUAAAAAGGAACUUCCGGAACACCACUCUGAUUGUGGACAGUGAAGUAAAGUGGGUGGAGGUGCAGUCCAAGAGACGAGACAUGACCGUGUUCAGUCAUUUGUUCUUAGGAGGAAUACAGCCAGAGCUACGUUCUGUGGCAUUGAGGCUUACUUCAAAUGUAGUCAAGGACCAGGUUCCGUUCAAAGGGUGGAUAACAGACUUAAAAGUCAACGACUCAGCACCGGCUAUUUUCAGUAGUGCAGGGGUGGAGACUGAUGCAUGUGAUGAGGAAAACAUCUGCCUGAACGGAGGAGUUUGCAGCUUUGUGGACAAUGAACCGAUCUGCAACUGCUCUGAGACUGGAUUUCAGGGGAAGGACUGCAGUGAAGGGCUGCGGCGGAUCCGGAGUCUUCCCGAAAACACUGGAGGCAAGAGGGGGCUACACCAUAAACAGGGUGGCAUUCCAUCUCAGGAAGACAACCAAGUAGAAGGUCUGGCACACCUGAUGAUGGGAGACCAAGGGAAAGAAGAAUAUGUGGCGACCUUCAAAGGCUCUGAAUACUUUUGCUACAACCUGUCACAGAAUCCGAUUCAGAGCAGCAGCGACGAGAUCACGCUCACGUUCAAGACGCUGCAGAGGAACGGACUGAUGCUGCAUACGGGAAAAUCGGCCGACUACGUCAACUUGGCACUGAAAAACGGGGCGGUUUCGCUUGUCAUUAAUUUGGGGUCUGGGGCCUUUGAGGCCCUUGUGGAGCCAGUCAAUGGAAAAUUUAAUGACAAUGAUUGGCAUGAUGUCAAAGUAACAAGGAAUCUCCGUCAGCAUUCAGGCAUUGGACACGCUAUGGUAACGAUAUCCGUGGAUGGGAUUCUUACCACCACUGGGUACACGCAGGAGGACUACACCAUGCUAGGCUCCGACGAUUUUUUCUAUGUUGGAGGAAGCCCUAGCACUGCUGACCUGCCUGGAUCGCCUGUUAGCAACAACUUUAUGGGCUGCCUUAAGGAGGUGGUGUACAAAAACAACGACGUUCGACUAGAACUUUCCAAGCUGGCCCUGUUGGGUGACCCCAAGAUGAAGAUCCACGGCGUAGUGGCCUUCAAAUGUGAAAAUGUGGCCACUCUGGACCCGAUCACCUUCGAGACACCAGAAUCAUUCAUCACACUGCACAAGUGGAAUGCAAAGAAGACCGGGUCCAUCUCCUUCGACUUCCGCACCACUGAACCCAACGGACUUCUUCUGUUUAGCCACGGGAGACCGAGGCAGCAGACCAAAGAGGCAAAAAGCCCAGUCACACUCAAGGUGGACUUUUUUGCAAUCGAGAUGCUGGAUGGACAUCUGUACCUGCUGCUGGACAUGGGUUCGGGGACUACCAAGACACGAGCAGUGAACAAGAAGGUUAACGAUGGGGAGUGGUACCAUGUGGACUUCCAGAGGGACAGAAGAUCAGGUACCAUCUCAGUAAACACCAUUCGCACACCCUACCAGAUGCCAGGAGAAAGUGAGAUCCUUGACCUGGACGAUCACCUGUACCUGGGUGGCCUUCCUGAGAACCGGGCAGGCCUGGUCUUCCCCACUGAAGUGUGGACAGCCCUGCUCAACUACGGCUUUGUAGGCUGCAUCCGUGACCUCUUUGUUGAUGGACAGAGUAAGGACAUCAGGCGGAUGGCUGAGGUACAGAAGGCUGCAGGGGUGAAGCCUUCUUGCUCCAAAGAGCCACCUAAGCAGUGUGUGAGUGACCCCUGCCAGAAUAACGGCAUCUGCAGGGAGGGCUGGAACCGCUACAUCUGUGACUGUGCUGCAACUGGAUUCCUGGGGUUGUCGUGUGAGAGAGAUGCCACUGUCCUGAGCUAUGAUGGCAGCAAGUUCAUGAAGAUCCAGCUACCAGUAGACAUGCACACUGAGGCUGAGGAUGUGACAUUGAGGUUUCGAUCCCAAAGGGCCUACGGUGUCCUCGUGGCGACCACGUCCAGAAACUCAGCUGAUACUCUGCGGUUAGAGCUGGAGAGCGGGCGCGUUCGUCUUACUAUCAACCUAGACUGUAUCAGGAUUAACUGUACCUCCAGCAAGGGGCCCGAGACACUCUUUGCUGGGCAGAAUCUAAACGAUAAUGAGUGGCACACGGUUCGGGUCAUGAGGAGAGGAAAGAGCCUGCAGCUGACAGUGGAUGACCUGCAGAUUGUCGAAGGUGAGAUCCCAGGUGACCACACCCAGCUAGAAUUCCAUAACAUCGAGACGGGCAUCAUUACAGAAAAGCGUCACCUGUCUACAGUGCCCUCUAACUACAUCGGGCACCUUCAGAGCCUGGUCUUCAAUGGCAUGGCAUACAUCGACCUGUGCAAAAACGGCGACAUAGACUAUUGUGAGCUGAACGCCAUGAUCGGCUACAAGAACAUCAUCGCUGACCCGGUCACCUUCAAGUCACGCUCCAGCUACAUGUCUCUGAGCACACUGCAGGCCUAUUACUCCAUGCACUUAUUCUUUCAGUUUAAAACUACCUCAUCUGACGGCCUCAUUUUCUACAACAGUGGAGACGGCAACGACUUUAUCGUAGUGGAACUCGUCAAGGGUUACCUCCACUAUGUGGCGGAUCUGGGUAAUGGCGCCCACCUCAUCAAAGGAAACUCCAACAAGCCUUUGAAUGACAACCAAUGGCACAAUGUCAUGAUCUCCAGAGACACCAACAACCUGCACACUGUCAAGAUCGACACCAAAGUCACCACCCAGACCACUCUGGGAGCCAAAAACCUUGACCUGAAGGGUUAUUUCUAUGUUGGUGGGGUGGCCAAGGAGAUGUACAAGGAGCUGCCUAAACUGGUCCAUGCCAGGGAGGGUUUUCAGGGCUGCUUGGCAUCAGUGGACCUUAACGGCCGCCUUCCAGACCUUAUCUCAGACGCUAUCUCCUGUGUGGGUCAGAUAGAGAGAGGUUGUGAAGGGCCGAGUACCACUUGCCAGGAGGACUCUUGUGCUAAUCAGGGGGUUUGCCUGCAGCAAUGGGAAGGAUUCAGCUGUGACUGUAGUAUGACUUCUUUUGGAGGACCACUUUGCAACGAUCCAGGAACAACGUACAUAUUUGGCCGCGAGGGAGGACGGAUCGUAUACACAUGGCCACCUAACGACAGGCCGAGCACCAGGGCGGACAGACUGGCACUGGGUUUCAGCACUCAGCUCAAAGAUGCUCUGCUUAUUAGAGUGAACAGCACAUCCGGAUUGGGCGACUAUCUCAAACUACACAUCGUAAACGGCCACGUGGCAGUGAUUUUUAACGUGGGCACCGACGACAUCAACAUUGAGGAGAAGUCCAAAUUUGUGAAUGAUGGCAAGUACCACGUGGUGAAGUUCACGAGGAGCGGGGGUAAUGCCACGCUGCAGGUGGAUGACCUGCCAGUCAUUGAGCGCUACCCCACAGGCAACAUUGAUAACGAACGACUGGCGAUCGCUAGGCAGCGAAUCCCAUAUCGACUUGGUCGAGUAGUUGACGAAUGGCUACUCGACAAAGGUCGCCAGCUCACCAUUUUUAACAGCCAGUCUACCAUCCAGAUAGGCAGCUGGAAGCAGGACAAAGGCCCAUCGUUCCAGGGCCAGAUGUCAGGGUUGUACUACAACGGCCUCAAAGUGUUUAACAUGGCGGUGGAAGGUGACUCCAACGUACGCGUAGAAGGUAGCGUGAGGCUGGUCGGCGAGGCGCCUUCCUCUUCCUCCUCUUCGUCCUCGUCGUCUUCUUCAUCCAUCACGCCACAGUCUAACGCAUCCACCUCGAUCUUGGAGACGACCACCACCAGCACCACCACAACAGCAUCUAGUCGACGAGUCAAGCAAACCACGCCAAGAGAGACGCAACAGACAACAGACGACUUGUUGGUGGCGUCGGCCGAGUGUCCGAGCGAUGACGAGGACAUUGAUCCGUGUGAGCCGAGCUCAGGUGGGUUAGCGAGUCCGACAGGUCCAGGCCUGAAGGUCUACCCCGACCCAGUGGAGGUGGUAUGGGAGUCCAGCAGCACCACGGGCAUGGUGGUGGGAAUCGUUGCAGCAGCCGCCCUGUGCAUCCUGAUUCUCCUGUAUGCAAUGUACAAGUACCGCAACCGCGAUGAGGGCUCGUACCGGGUGGACGAGAGCCGCAACUAUAUCAGCAACUCGGCUCAGUCCAACGGUACCGUGCUCAAGGAGAAGCCUACCACCGUAGCCAAGAGCACCACGAAGAGCAAGAAGAACAAGGACAAAGAGUAUUACGUUUGAUCCUCCUUUCACUGGACGUGUGCCAGAUCUACAGGACUUUGAGGACUUUUUUUCUCUGUAUGAAAGAAUAAUCUGAAAUCAUAUCCUGUGUAAGAUACAAGAACUUAAAGAACUCUGAAAAUAGUCGGAUUAUCUAAGAUAUUGCAUUUCACUUUGAGUUUUCUUCAGAUUACGGCCAGCACGGAAGGAGGCAGGGCUGGCACUGGUUCAGCCUGACAGCCGGACAUCUGAGGAGAAGAAAUACCUGAUAAUUACCCGAAAAGCAAAUUAUCAAUACAAACCCAUCUGGACCUCCAGCAUUUGGCCAACAAAAUGUGCAAAUCAGACUUAUUCAGGAAGAAAGGUGUCACAAGUCAUCAAUGUUCGUCCUGCCUGGACCUUCUCUCAUGAAGGACGAUGACAAUAAAGGAGACAGUACCUACGUCCAGGCUUCUGUCUAUGAAUUUUUUUGUUGCACCCUUUAUAGGAUCAGCAGCGAAUGUGAACUUUCACAAGUCUGCCAGUUAAAGUCUAUCAAGAGUGCAACAAAAAAAAGGUUCACCAAAAUCCAAAAGCAAUCUCAAAGCCCCAGGUUCUUCACUGGAGGGAACCUUACGACCAUAUAAACAGAGGUGUGAAUUUUAAGGUGAUGGAACCUGAAAACUUCGGGAACUUCAGGAACACUUAAUGCACGCAGCAGUAUCCUAUUACAUGUGUUUAUACAACACCUACAUCUAAAUGUGCUCUCUGGACUGUGACAGUGGUGUUUUAUAGCCUGUUGUAUAGACGCAAAUUAUACCUGCUCCCCCGUCAUUUCUUUUCUUUUCAGUAAUAAAAACUUCGAAAAAGACAAAAGAAAGUAAAUGUUAAGUGUUGCUAGAUAGUUUACCACAACACAAGAAAUGCUAGUCUUCAGUUGCUUUACACUUUUUUUAGGGUCUGUCCAGAAGGUAUAAUAAAUGAUAAACGUGUUCAUGACCUUGAUCAUGAAGAAUGUGUUUGAAGAGGAUUAUUGCAUUAGCUGUGUGGGAGGAAAAACUAAAUAUGUUCUACCAUAAUCAAUUCCUUUUACAGUACAACCACCGGCCAUGACGUCACCCUGCAUCAAUUCCUCACAAAACCACAAUCGUCAAAAGAAGAGAAGCUAUAAAUGAUGAUCUGUGGUAUCUGAAACCAUUUCAGUUUACAUCUGUAUGUCUUUCUUUCUGUCUGUCUGCCUGUCUCUAUCCGGUGCACCUGAGCUAAAGCAUCAUUAACUACAUUUUUGUUCGUUUGUUUUCUAAUUCUACCAGUGCUGUUCUUUUUCUACAGUAUUUUCUGUUGAAUUGUGAUUCUUUAUUGACCUCAAAGUACACAAUUUAUUAUAAAAAAUAGUUUUGAAAAAUUUAAUGAGCAAAUAAAAUAUUACAGAAGUGAACGCUA